UUUGCAAAGAAGCAGGAAAGUGUCAUUUGUCUUGAAAAUCUCUCAUCUCUCUGAUCUUCAUCAAAAUGUUAAGAAUGGGCGAUUGGCUCCGAGUUCCAGUGGCCCUACUCCUGUAUCUGCAUGGGACAACUGCAGCUGUUACCCUGACUCAGCCACCGUCCAUCUCAACCACCCCGGGACACACGGUCACGAUCGCCUGCACCAUGUCCGGAGGCAGUCUGGGCAGCUAUUGGGUGAGCUGGUACCAGCGGAAGCCUGGCAGCGCCCCUCUGUUUGUUUGGUAUCAAAGCGGCACCACAGGUCAGGGAAUUCCUGAUCGAUUCACUGGUUCUAAAGGCUCAUCGAACAUGCAUUUAACCAUCAGCGGUGUGCAACCGGAGGACGCCGCCGAAUACUUCUGUGGUGCGGAAUUAAGCACCAGUCCGUAUCCCUUCCUGUUCGGUAAAGGGACUAUACUGAAUCUGAAAAACCCACAGGGCCCUUCGGUGACUGUCCUUCCGCCUUCACCAGAUCAAAUCACAGCAAAGAGCCAGGCGACCCUGGUGUGUCUGGUGAAUGAUUUUAUCCCGGGAGCUGUGGAGGUCGAGUGGACUGUGGAUGGCAGUGCCAGAAGUGAAGGUGUUGAAACGAGUGCGAUCAAACAGCAGGCGGACAACACGUACAGUGUGAGCAGUUAUCUGACUCUGCCAACCUCCGAGUGGGAGUCACACGACCUGUAUUCCUGUGUGGUCAAACACCAGACUCUGGCCAUUCCGCUCGAGAAAAGCAUCGCCAGAUCCAGUUGUACCUAAAUCAGGAAUGUGCACCGAUAGUCGAAUGUACCAUUGGCAAUCUACCUUUAAUAAUAAUAUUUGUGUUUUAUAAUAAUUUGUCGAUUUUGUUAAUUUUGUCAUAAAUUUUCCAAAUAGUUAACAAUGAAUCCGCGGUUCAUAUCGUUUGCUGGAAUUCUUAGUUUGAAUUGUACGAGUUCUCCAUGUGUCAUAUUACACGAAUAUCGAAUAAUAAUAAUAAAAUGUCUCUGCAUUGGC